AUGGAGUCCAGUGGCACCAAUACUGUCCAGUAUGAUCGCUGGAAUGAAGACAACAUCAACAUGAAUGUAGAAGCUUCACAGUCUACUGUAAGGAGGAUCUACAACAGAGUGUGUGUUGGCAGGACUGGGAUGGUGGUGAAGAUAGCGGGAGCCAUAGCUGCUGUGGUGUUUGUUUUCUUCAUAGGAUACACGACAGGAUACUACGUACACCGGUGCUAAUAGCCGGACAAAGUCCAAAAAAUUAA